UGUCGGUUUUCAGGUUUGGGGAAAAACAACUGUACCGACAUGGACAUGUUGAGUAAGAUUUGUCUGGUCCUCAUUCUAUCCAUAUUUGUUUGUGUCAUCACUGGAAGUCCAAUAGGUACUUCAACCAUAAAUUGUAAUGCGGUGACUCCUCCUAAAUAUUUGGGUGAAGUCAAUGAAGGAUAUUCAGGGGAUGUGGAGAGGAUAGAGGGUAUCGUGGCAGGAACCAGUGUGAAGUUAGUGGACCAUAUCUUUGUUCCCCACCUUGAGUUUCUGGAGCUGAGUUUCACACCUGGGGACACCUUUGCAGUUGUUCGCACCAAGAAACCUCUAGAUGCAGAUGUUCCGAUGUCUAGCGCUACCACCCUGUAUUAUUCUGUCAUGUGUGAUGGUGCUAUUAAGUACAAUAACACUCGGACACUGAAAAUCAUUGAUCUCAAUGACAACGCUCCGAUAUUUGAAAAGAAACUGUACUCCAAAGAUGUCUCUGAGACACUUAAUCUGAAUGCUGAGGUUAUUCGAGUGACAGCUACGGAUGCAGACGCCACUUCGGAAAACAACAGAGUGACAUAUUCCAUUGCACCAGCCACAGAAGACUUUGAAGUUACUGACUCGGGGGCGUUUAUGUUGAAAAGACGUUUGAACUACAACGCAGUCCAAAACUACCACUUUACUGUGACGGCCAAGGAUAAAGAAGGACUGAAUGACACAGCCUCGGUGGUGAUUAAUGUAGAUGACUUUGAUAACUUGAAUCCCUAUUUCAGCCACAGUCUGUACCAGGCUUUUAUUUCAGAGAACCAACUUGGAUUAUUCUAUACCAUUCAACCAGAGGCAAUAAAGGCACAAGAUGGAGAUAUUGGGAUCAACAUGACUUUAACUUAUACCAUCAGUGGUGUUUCUCCAGACAAAUAUCAAAGAAACUUUAACACUGACCCCUCCAGUGGAGUUUUGUCUGUGAUUGCUGCCUUCGAUAGAGAGGAAAUGAACAGCAGCAUGAUCUCUAUCACCAUCAAGGCAGCCCAAACAGACGACAGUAUGAAGACAACUGAGACAGUAGUCUCUGUCACCGUAGAGGAUGUUAAUGAUAAUGCUCCAGAGUUUGAUGAACCCAGCUACUCUGUGACACUUCUGGAAAACUCGCCCGUUGAUGCUGUUCUGUUCAAAGCUUCUGUCACUGAUCUCGACCAGGGAGGGUUUGUGGGAACAAUGAGGAUCAUUCCAGAGUCUGCUCCUUUCUCUAUCAGCUCUGAUGGGACAGUCAGAGUGAAAAACUCUACAGCUCUCGACCGAGAGACCACUGAAACAAUCACAUUUCAGGUAGAAGCAAGAGAGCAACAUGAACCCAACAAUGUUGCAACAACACAAGUUACUGUGACUCUUCUGGAUGAAAACGACAACAUUCCUAAAUUCACCAGCGGCGUGUAUGAGGGAAAAGUGUUUGCAAAUCAAACAGAGGGAUUGUUGCUGGUCCAGGUUCGGGCAGAAGAUCCAGAUGUCGAUGUAAAUGGGCAGAUUGCAUACUCUAUUGACUUUGGGAACAGUAGAGGAUACUUCACAAUCGAUGAAAACACCGGAGAAAUUACACUAGCUAAAACCAUUCCCCUGCAGGAAAACCAGAUUUUGGAGUUCCCUCUCUACGUAACAGCAAAAGAUGGUGGCGUCAUACCUCGCUCCUCCUCAGCACAAGUGAAUAUUUUUGCUCCUGGUGAUUCAAAACCUCAGUUUUUACAAAAACUUUACCAUUUUACCAUAGAGGAGGAGCAGGAGCCAGGAGUUGCAGUUCUUAAGGUUAACUACCUUGCAGUACAUCCUGCUAUUCCUGUGUUUUUAGUUGCAACAGAAGGUGACAAAUUCAAAAUCUCCGACAGCGGUGAAUUCACCACCAAGGUUAAGCUUGACCAUGACGAAGGUCCUCAAAACUACUCAGUAGAAAUUACCAUCACUGACGGAACAAGCAGCGACAGUGCCGUGGUUGAGAUCCAAGUCACUGACAUCAAUGACAACAGUCCAGUUUUUUCCUCCAGCUCAGUCACCAAAUCUGUUCUGGAGGAUGCAGAGGUAGGAUUCAAUGUUACUGCAGUUCCAGCUACAGACAAAGACAGUGGCUUCAACAAGGAGAUCAGAUAUUCACUGAGAGGAGGAGAAGGGAGCUUUUCUAUUGAUCCUGUGUCUGGGAUGGUCAGUUUGGCUGGUGCACUUGACAGGGAGACCAAGGCAGAAUACAGCCUGCUGGUGGUGGCUGAAGAUCAGGGUCGUCCAGCCAGGUCAGCCACAGCCACUCUGACAGUACAAGUAUCUGACAUCAACGAUAACGCGCCAAAGUUCUCAGUGGCUGAGUAUCAGGUUGAAAUCUUAGAAACAGAGUCAGUGGGUGCAAGCUUGCUCACCUUAUCAGCUCUAGAUCCUGAUGAAAGUGUAAAUGGAAUAGUUACGUACAGCAUUUUUCAGCAAAGCCCUUCAUCAGACCCUGCUGUUUUUGAUUUGGAGUUGUCCACUGGGAUCCUGCGACUGGUCCAGCCUCUAGACUACAGUGAGGUGAAUAUGUAUACCCUGAAAGUUCAGGCCACUGAUGGGGGAACACCUUCUUUGGUUGGGAAUGGCUCAGUGGUGGUGAAGAUAAAGGACGAGAAUAAUAAUCCACCUGAGUUCAGUAAGGAAAUCUAUCACAUGCCCGUCUAUGAGAACCUGCCCGGUGGUGCAUCCAUCCUGGUGCUGGAGGUUACUGACAAGGAUGAGGGUGGAUUCUCCAAUGGCUACUUCCUUUACAACAAUGACACUUUUGAGAUCAAUAAGCAGGGUGUUGUCUCACUGAGAAGAGAUGUAGCCUUGGACAGAGAGACAAAAGACAGCUAUUUGUUACAGGUUGUCGCAGUGGAUCAAGUGACUAAUGGUCUGAGUUCCACGGCUGAGCUCAAUUUCACAAUCCUUGAUUACAAUGACAAUUCUCCACAAUUCCCAAGCAUUCCUGACCCACUGAUGAUCAUUGAAGGCAAUUACUCAAAGGAAAGCCCAGGAGAAAUUUUUACCAUCACACCCACAGACGCAGACCUUGGGCUAAAUGGAGAGGUCACCCUCUCCCUUAUCUCCCCCCACCCACUCUUUAGAUUCAGAGAGGAUGGGACAUUGCUGGCUAUUGGUCCUUUGGAUCGGGAGAACAGGGAAACAUAUGACCUGACUGUGAAGGCUUUAGACAAAGGCAACCCUCCAAGAGAGAACUUCACCUCCAUCAGAGUAAGCCUCGCUGACCUGAACGAUAACAAACCCGUGUUCAGUUCCAGCGACUACGUCAGCACCAUCCUGCUGAAAGACGCAGAGGAAGGAAAGCUUUUGCUCACGCUGUCUGCUACUGACAGAGACACUGGGAACAAUUCUCUCAUCACCUACAGUUUCUCUGGAGAAGGUUCUCCAUACUUGGACCUAAACACCCAGACUGGGAAUGUGACUUUGACCUCUAAAUUUGCUGAUUUAACAGAAGAUACCACACUUGUGCUGACAGCUGUGGCCACAGACCACGGCCAGUCCCCUUUGAGCACCACAGCUCGUGUUGUGGUGAAUCUGAAGAUUUCCAGUCUGACUGAGAAUGUGGCCUUCCUGAGCUUCUCCUAUAACUUCAGCCUGCCUGAGAACCAGGAAGCAGGGGUUUUGGUAGGCAAGGUCACUGCCUCCUCAGGAAGCAACCUUUACAAUGUCACAUAUUCGCUGAAUACACACAAAGACCUGUUCUCCAUAAACCUCAGUGGAGCCAUCUUCACCAAAGCACAGCUCGACAAAGAACAGCAGGAAUGGUACUUCUUGGAAGUGGAGGUUGUGGACACACGGAACCCACCUACAUCAGCAAUGACGACGGUUAGAGUUCAGGUGGAGGAUGUGAACGAGUCACCACAUUUUCCCCCAGAGGUUUAUAGUGCCUCUGUAUUCAGCAUUGCCCCCUAUAAAACUCCUGUCAUCCAAGUGAAGGCUUCAGAUCCUGAUGUUGGAGAUGUGGGGCAGCUGGUCUACAGUUUGACAGCAGAAAGUCCUUAUUUUGACAUGGACCCAUCCUCAGGUCUGCUCUAUGUGAUCUCAGCAACAGAACUGGCUGGACAGACAGCUAAAAUGGAGGUGAAGGCCACUGAUCCCCACGAUCUUCAUGCUACCGCUAUAGUGGAGGUGAUGGUUCAGGCAAGUGCAAGCAGCUCUGACAUUGUGACCAUCUCACUUAAUCAGCCUGCUAACAUUGUGGAGAAGAAAGUUGAAGAUUUAUCGACGUCUUUGGGCAAAGUUCUGGGCUGGACUGUGAACAUCGUUCAGGUGUUCAGCGCUAACGACGGAUCCACUGGCACCCGAAACCUGAGAGUUUCUGUGAGGACUUUGGUCAGCUUCUUUGCUGUAGAUGGAGGGCAGGUUGUUUCCUCUGAAGAAGUCAUAAAGAAACUGCAGAGCCAAUCAGAUGCUGUGAAUGCAGAGCUGUCUCAGCUGUUUGGGGAGGAGCUUCAUUUUGAUGUUGAGAUUGUGGACCCUCAAGGGUCCACCUCCAAUCAGGCGGUGAUCAUUGCUCUGGGCAUCCUGUUUGGGCUGAGCAUCCUGGGAUUGAUUAUUGCUGUUGCUUUUCUCAUCAGGUUCCAUACGAAGGGGAAACAGGGGAAGAGUUCUGACAAAAAUCAUAUUCCCAUGGACCAACAGUCUGAGAGUUCCAUAAAUAGUUGUCGAAAACCUUCACACACCUCUGAACAGGGCUUAGGGAAAGGGGAAACAUCAGCAGAUCCCAGACCUUCAAGUCCGUCGUCUGAGUCUAUGACCAGCAGCCACCAUUUCUGAGCUGAAAGUCUUUCUACAUUAUAUAAGAAUCAACACCAUAAACAACAUAACUGAAAAUGUAUUUAAUUUUUCCCCUUGUCUUGAUAUUUUGUUUAUUUUUUAAUGAAUGAACAUGAAUGAAAAUAAGAGUGAAUAAAAGUCGAGAGGCACUCGGUGUAUGCACAAGAUGUACAGAAAUAAACUACAAGAAUGAUUAUUAUUUUCUGAAAGUUAUUCAGAAAACAAAUGCAAAACUUUGGCUAUGAAAAGUUUAGCCUUUCUGAGCGAGAAUAUUCUAGAUACGCAAAGGUUUUAGUGCUCCCUUUUAAACACUCACACCAGUCAGAGCAAUAGAUAAAGAGACACUAACAUACAGAAAAGCCUAUGAAGAGAUUUCUGGCAGGCUCAGGCUCAGGGUGGGCCAACUCUCUGUCUGUUCUAAUUCUUGAAUAGGAAAAUGAAUCAAAUUAUAGUAGAAUUUGUUUUAAAUAACACUAUGUAUUAUGUAAACAGAGUUCAGAAGUAAAGCAGCAAUGAUAAUAUGCACAGGCUCAUGGAGAAUUUUGUGUAUCCAAGUAAGGUACACACUGAUUAAAGCAGAGAAUAAGAAUAUAUACAGUAAAAAUAAUCAAAGUUACUGUAAUUCCCCAUAUCCAUCAAGAGUUACAUAUGUUAUAUCAAGUUCACCACCAAUUUUGUCUGAAGCUACGCAACAAAAAGGGCAGGUUAUAAAAUUCUUAAUUCUAAUUUUUAUUUUAACAUGAUGAAUAUACAACAUGUUCCCAGUGUGCCUUUUGUUUACAGACCGCAGGUCAGAAAGUGACUGCUUUGAGUCUGUAGAAAGCUUUUUAUCUGAACUGUAUAGAUAUUAUUCUAGCAGUAGUCAGAUAGUGGUUCCACUGACUGCUCUAACCCCUUAUGAAUGACAGCUUGACUUUUAAAACGGGGCUGCCAUCCCAGGAUCUUCACCUCAGCAACCAUCCGCCUACAGUACUUGGGAUCUGUUACGUGGUCUGAUUUAGUAAUUUUCUAAAGUAAUUUUCUGUUCAAAGCUCCACUUUGGCUUCAGUGGCUAUGAUUUUAGAUGUAUUGUUUAUCAGCUCUACAAGUUUAUUUGGUUCAGUUUUUAAAAUGGUGCUAUAAGUUUCUUCUUUCCAGAUUAAAUUCAAAAACAACAGAUUAAGUAUAAAUGAAAUGAAUGUCUAAAGAUCAAAAGAAAAAAAAAUAACAGCGACCUCGUGUAACUGAUGGAUUUUACUGUCCUACCUCAUCCACCGACUCAAGAAAAGCAGAGGAGUCGGCAUCAGGACCAGCAGAGUCAACCUGAUGAUCUUCAUUAUGACUGAGCUCAGUAAAAAUAAGACCACACACAGCAGAUCUGUGUAAUGUACGAUUAGGUCAACACAUUAGUUGCCAGUUAGAAAUCCCUGUUCUUACAUUGUGAAAGUCAGUUUAGAUAGAAAGUGUCAAACUAACUAGCCAUAGCGGUCAGAUGUCCUCUUCUGUUGUGGGCUUCGCAAUAAUAACUCCCACUGUGUCAAGUCUGAAGUCAGUGAAGUUUCCUCAUGAUGCUUCUGCUGAAGUCUUCAUUCUCCUGGUACCUGGUAUAACUAGCUGCUUUGUUAGUAUUGCUAAAGAGUCACUGAACUGGUCUGUGUGUGGGGAAGCUUUGGAGCAUCUGGGGGACAAUAUGAGGAGAAACAAAUUAAUAUGAGAUAAGAGUUUGUUCUCUUUUUUCUUUCUAGAUGCCAAUUAUGCUUAAGUAAAUGCUGUGGAGGACCAAGAGUUGAGCUCAUCAAAAUAAAACAUGUAUGGAUUAAUAAUUAUUUGUACUGUAAAAAAUGCAUUCAUGACUUAAUUUACUAUAAUUCUCUUUAUUUAGACAUUAGUAAAAUAACUCACAGAAACUAUGUAAAUGAUUAACAAAGAUUUAGGGGCGCAUUUGUACAUAGAAUGAUAAAGAUAUCUCUUAAACAUCUGUUAGGGUGUUAUUAAAACCUGUCCCUGUAUUAAACUGGGGUGUUACUGCAUUACAUUAAUAAGCUCCUAAAUAACUGGCUCAUCCUUGAUGUAACUCUUCAUUUAGAAACAUGGAUAAAAAAUGCUGUCUUCAGCGCAAAAUGAAUCAACUAAUUAUUUAUUGGUAAGUAUUAAUUCAUGAAAAGCUUUAUCUCAAUGAGUACAACUCUCCUGGCCACCCACUGAACCAUCAAUCAAAAUUGUGCUGCUCAAAAAAAUUAAGCAAACAUUUGAUCAUCACAGUGCAACACCAAAUCAUUUAAACUUUAAAGAUAUCAUUGUGUCCAAUUACAAAGCAUAAACCAUUGUGAAUCCAUAGUGGUGUACAGUUGUGGCCAAAUGUUUUGAGAAUGACACAUAUAUUGUUUUUUCCAGUUUGCUGCUUCAGUUUUGAUGAUAGCAAUUUGCAGAUACUCCAGAAUGUUAUGAAGAGUGAUCAGAUGGAUUGCAAAGUCCUUCUUUGCCAUGAAAAAAACUAUUUCCACUGCAUUUCAUUGCUGCCAUAAAAGGACCCGUUGAGAUCAUUUCAAUAAUCUUCUCAUUACCUCGGGUGAGAAUGUUGAUGAGCACAAGGCUGGAGAUCAUUAUGUCAUGCUGAUUGAGUUAGAAUAGCAGACUGGAUGUGUUAAAAGGAGGGUGAUGCCUAAGAUCAUUGUUGUUCCUGUUAACCAUGGUUACCUGCAAAGAAACACGUGACAGCAUGCCAGGGCGAAUUGGAGAGGUCAACACUGCACGUAUUGACUUUUUGCAUAAAUGUGAUGUAAUUGUCAAUAAAAGCCUUUGAAACCUAUCAAGUGUUAUAAUUAUACUUCAGUACAUCACAGAAACAACUCACAAAAAGAUCUAAAAAGACUGAAGCUGCAAAAUUGGUGAAAACUAAUAUUUUUGUCAUUCUCAAAUCAUUUGGCCACAACUGUAGUAGUAGUGUGGUAUACUGUGAUGACUGAAAAUAUGCAUAAAGAUGUCCAAAAAGCUCAUGAAUAUGGCGAAACAAUCUGUUGGGACUGGGUACUUUUACCCCUCACCGUGAAUGUCUGAGUGUGGUUGCUUAAAUUUGAUCUGAAAUUACUUUUCUAUGCUUUGCCCUUCUUCCUCUCCACUUUUGAGUCAAUUUCUUUAGCAAUAAAGUUUAAUAAAUGGGUUCAUUUCAUACACAGAAAACAUACAGAAGGGUUUAGUGUUUCAGCAGUUAAACUCUCCAGUUCAAUAUGUGAAAUUGUCAUGAAGUCACAUUGGUGAUGGAAACAUUUUUGCCAGUUAGCAACAAUCUGCCGGCAUGACUCGAAAGAAACAAACAGAUACACCUGUGUGACUUCCCUUUAAUGAAUAUUAACAUGAAGUUUUUUGUUCCGUUUUCCAUCCCAAAUCCAUUUCGAGUUUCCCUACUUCAGUCUACAGUUGCUUAUAAGCAGAUGUUUAGUUUAAUAUACUUUUAGAUGAGAAGUUCAGGAAAAGAAAACUUUUUCUCUUAAAACAGAUCAAACUUUAGAGUCGUGAGCUAAGAUUACCAGCUUUUUGCCUUUCAGAACAAAUACAGAAAUCCUUCGUCAUCAGACCAUCUACUGGCGCUGUUAGUUAAAAACAAUAAAAACAAAACAGCCUUUUCUGCGUUUUAGGAGUCAAGAUAACUACAUACAAAAGGUACUUUUGGCUGUUUCCUUGGUUCUCAUGGGAUCCCAGCAGAUGGAUCUGCAUGUUUAGUUUAGCACAACCAUCCUUUUAAUCUGGAUUUGGGACCAGCAUGAGUGGUACACUAGCAAUACCUGCUGAAUUUUAUUUAUUUAUUUUUUUUAUCUUUUAUGUGCAAGACAAAUGUGUUAACUCCUAAACUAUGUUAACAAUGUACACUAUUGACACUGUGAUUCUUUAAUAAUGAAGUAUUGAUGUGAAUAAAUAAUUGUUUUUUUGAAGGCUUUGUACAGUUACGGUGCCAGACUCAAACCCAACUUGCCAAUAAAAAAAAGCUGUCAAAUUUUUUUGAUGGCUUGGUUGCGGUUUUCUAUAUUAUUGUGAAUUUUUCAAAAUCACAAUAAUUAUGAAGAAAACAAACCCAAACCUAACCCCCCACUACUGUACAUGCAUAAUAAACACACAGUUGAGCUUGCUAUAGGCCUAGAUUCUGAGCACAGCCUGAAGAAAUUGACGAGCUACAUUUAUUUCGGAUAUGAUGCAAAGCGAACAAAGGCAAGAAAUCAAACCUCACAGCUCGAGAUGAAUUUUAGUUCAUAAUUUUUCAUAUUAAAACUGUCUUUAUUAAGUUAAUCUCUAAUAAAAUAAAAAGAGGAAAACCAGAACACAGCAGAAGGCGGCAAAAAAAAAAAAAAAAAAAAAACAAAUUGGAAUGUACUUCAGUAAAGAAAAUAAAAGCUCCAGCUGGUCCAACAUGGGGGCUUUAUUUCAACCACAUAUAUAUAUAUAAAAAGAUAUUUUUUUAUUUAUAUAUAUAUAUUUAUGGUUUUCAUAUACACCUUCAGGCAAUGACUAGAGAGGAUUCUUUACAGAAUCAAGUUUCUUGUGGUUCUCUUCAUUUACAGGUAAACUUAGUUUCUGGAUAAUUAAACCACAGAAAAACUCAAGGCAACUUUUCUUGCCUUGUUCAUAAAGUACAAAACUGGCACAGAGGACAACCAUUUUCUUUUUUUUCUUUUUUUUUUUUUUUAUACACAGUAAAAA